UUUUAAUUAUUAUUUUUGUUUUCUUAGAGUUGCUGCUUACUGUUGGUCAUUCCAUUAUAUAAAGCGUGUGCUUGAAACAUUGUUUGUUCAUCGUUUCUCUCAUAACACAAUGCCAAUAAUGAAUCUAUUUAAAAACUGUACAUAUUACUGGUGUUUUACUGCUUUUGUUUCAUACUUUGUUAGCCAUCCAUUGUAUACUCCACCAUGUACAGUUCAAUUUUACUUUGGUCUUGGUACUUUUAUUUUUUGUGAAUUGGGAAACUUAAGUAUUCACAUUGCACUGCGAAAUCUUCGUCCACCGGGUACCAAAGUCAGGCGUAUCCCUGUUCCUACUAUAAAUCCUUUUACACUUCUUUUUAAUUUUGUUUCUUGCCCUAACUACACUUAUGAGGUUGGUAGUUGGAUUGGAUUUACCAUAAUGACAUCUUCAUUUUCAGCUGGAAUAUUCACUAUUGCUGGACUUUACCAAAUGGCGGUAUGGGCUCUUGGCAAACACAGAAACUAUAAUAAAGAAUUUUCUGAUUACCCAAAAUAUAGAAAGUCAAUCAUACCAUUUUUACUUUAAUUUGUACU